AUGCCAAAAGUUAUUUGUGCUGUGGUAGGGUGCCACAACAGCACCUAUAGGAUCAACAAAUGGAAAACAGAAAUAUGUGAUCAACACAGGUCCCUUCAUGGUGUAGGAGCAUGUAUUUGCGACCCUCCUUUUUACUUAUACCCCUUCCCAUCAAAGCUGAAUAAUCAUGAAAUGUACAAAGAGUGGUGCAGGAUAAUGUACAGAACAGACAAAUUAACCAAAAAAAACUGGGAGGCUACCAAAUAUGACCGUGUUUGCUCUGAGCACUUCAUUGAUGGUAAAUCAACAACAGAACACCCAUAUCCUACUUUGGCUCUUGGAAGAUCGUUGUCUAAAGUAAAAGCACCCAGAAGAAAACUCUAUAAACAUGCACUUGAACCAAUACAAAAGAGACAGAAAGUAACAUUCACACAUUCAUCAAAUCCAGACAAUACUGAACUAUCAGAUACACCAUCAAUAACAUGCCCAUCAAUUGCUGGCCCUUCUGAUGAUACAAACGUACCUGAAUGGAUACAUAACUACAUAGAGCCACUGCAGUGUGAUUGUCCAGGUGAACAUUGUCCAAGGUGCCACAUGAAAGACAUUGAAAUAAAAGAGAAAGACAAACUGAUAAAACAACUUUCUGAAAAACCUCCAAAUCCUAAACUACAAUUUGAUGGAAUUAUAACUGAUGACAAGGCUUGCCUUUUCUACACUGGAAUAACAACUAUUAAAAUAUUUAAUCUAUUAUUUGAAUACUUUAAACCAAAGGUUGUUAAAAUGAUGUAUUGGAAAGGUGCAAAGACAUCAAAAUCUCAAACACAAGAGUCACCUAUGAAGAGAGGACCUGGACGAAAGGUGGAAAUAAAAGAAGAAAUGCUUAUCACUUUGAUGAAAUUGAGACUUGGAUUAUUGAAUGAAUACAUCGCCAGAACAUUCAAUUUAUCAGAAGGUUUAGUAUCAUCAAUAUUCACAACUUGGGUAAAAGUGAUUGGCCCUCUCCUGAAAGAAAGUAUUUUCCUACCAGACCCUGAAAACAUUAGAGCCAAUCUCCCAAGGUGUUUCAUGAAACGGACCUCAAGGCUUAGAGGUAUAUUGGAUUGUACAGAAUUUUUUAUAGAUAGACCAAGAGAACUUGAACUCCAGGCCUUGACCUGGAGUGACUAUAAAAAACACAAUACCAUCAAGGUUCUAGUAGUCAUUACUCCACGUGGUAAAAUUGGGUUUCUCUCAGAGGCUUGGGGUGGUCGGAUAUCUGAUCGACAUAUCACACUGAAUAGUGGAUUUAUGGACAAAGUGGAAUUAUAUGAUCAAUAUAUGGCUGAUAGAGGGUUUGACAUUGCAGGAGAUUUACUGUUACAUAGGGCAGAGCUGAUCAUUCCUCCUGGUGCAAGAGGCCAUGAACAAAUGUCAGGAAGUGACGUCAAGAAAACAAAAGAAGUUGCCAACCUCAGAAUCCACAUUGAGAGAGCUAUUGAGCGAAUAAAGCGCUUUCGAAUUCUCAAAACAACACUUCCUUUAACGUUGGUUCCUUUAGCAAAUGACAUUAUUAUGACCUGUGCAGGACUGUGUAACCUCCUUGAUCCAUUAAUCAAAUGA